AAUAUUUAGAAACUUGGCAAACCACAGUUACUAAAAGCGGCUUUUCGUGACAAUUCAUGCGUAAAAUUCUUUAGUAAUGGAACAAUUAAAAUAGCGCAGGUUUUUUGAGGGUAAUUAUAAAAUAUUCUAGUAACAAAAAUGUACGUGUUCAGGUCCGCAGAGUGCGAAGAAUGUUUAAUAUUUUCCCGAUGUUUCCGUUGCAAUGAAAGCAGUAAAACUUUCUUCGUAAACAUUGUGCCGUUUUGUUGUUCAUUGCUCAACCCUCGUAGGUAAAUUUCUGAGCUAUUAUGGACGGCUUACUUUACAUACCUAAACAAGUGUCUAGACAAUAAGAAACAUUCUCUAAAUAUUAUAAGUACGUUGUAGUGAAUGUCAUUAUUUAUCACACUGUGAUAUGAAUAAAAUGGUUUUCCAUUAGUAACUAACAAACAUCUUGCUUAUCAUAACAAAUAUCGUUUCACAACACGACAAGACGGACGUGCAACAUUUGUUUCAUGUAAUGUUUUAUCAACGCGUCCCGUCAUGGGUUAAAACGCGCGCGUCCGCUCGUCUCUCUCACGACAGAUAACACGCGUCUCCUCCCAACUUAUUGACUGUAAUCAAGCCACGCUUAACUGAGAUUAUGCUUGACCUAUGUGCGCGAGUGCGUCGGUGGCGAUAUUAGUCCGUGCUUAAGAUGAUUAUCUGCAGUGUAGUGUGCGUGCGCAGGCGGCGGGCGAUGAGUGUCCGCCGCGGCCGUGUCGGUCGCGGGCACCGGCGGCAUUGUUCACUACUCACGCGCUCCACUAACCCAAUUACCGACCUCUUAUUGACAGAACUGUCUUGGCUCCACACCUCGACGUGCAGAGAAAGGUGUCGUUAAAUAUCCAUUACAAACAUCAUGCGAUAAAUAAUGAUACAUCAUUUAUAUAUGGCGUGAUGACCACGGCAAAAUUGUGCAGAUUAGAAAAAACAUACAUGGCAACAUAGCUAUUAAUUAUGAUUGGAAAAUGAAUUAAUGGUAUCUUUGUGUGGGUGGCGUGAGUAAAUAAUAUCUUUUUUGGGAAUCAUAGACACCAAUAUUAGUUUAUUGACAUCUUGAGUAAUGUUGGGAGACAAAGGAAAAUGUAUGCUAAAAUAAAAGUGCAUGUCUUAUCUUCACAAAAAUUGUUAUCGCAACAGAAAAAAUAAAGAUAUGUAACGGAGUGUGUAAGAAAAGCUCGCGCGGCGCGGGCACCUCGGAGUGCGCGGGAGGGCGCUCCCACGGGUUGGCGAUAUUUUUAGUCCACGACCAUUACUUGGCACCGGCGGCCGCACUCGCCUGUGCUAGUGAUCUUUUUGAAAUUCGUUCGGUUCGCGCUUAGGUACGUUCCCAAUCUCGAGAUAGACCCAGUCUAAUGUGUGGUAGCGAACAAUACGCCGCGUAGCAGGAAGAGCGGCUGGUUGUAAUAUACCAAUGUUUCGGAAUAUAGUUAUAAACGUGCAAUUAUGAUGCUUAUUGAACAUUAUGUGAUAUAUCCAGGUUAAAGUGUUCCUAAACAGUUCAUAGUAACAACAAUAUGACCAGCGUGACAAGUGGAAGCGGCACGACGAGCCCGCGUCGUCAGCGCUACAAUCGUUCGUCCACAACUAGCGUGACUCAGUUGCUUUCAGAUGGCUACUCUAGCAUUAUAAACCGGCUGACUCGCAGGGGACCCUCGGAGAAAAGUGAUGCCGCUGACACGAAACUGUCAGCAAGCCGCUCUCGGUUUGAUGACAAGCUACUUUCUGGCAAAAAUUCCACAUUAGCGAAUAUACGCCGUUACGAAAACAAUGGGCACAUAUCGCCGUACACGUCGCUGACGUCUGUGGUGACCGGCCCGACCUCGAGGAAGUUGAAUGACGAUCGACUGUAUUCCAGCUACCUGAGCGGCCCGAAGCCCCGGAUCGACACUUCACCUUUGCAUACUACCUCCGGUAUUAGCUCUCUCGGCGGCAGUGACUCAUUCCGUAAAGCUCACACGAAAGAUAAUAAAUCAUCGCCGUUCACUAAGCGAUAUCCUCUCAAGGAAGCCAAUAAUAACAUUGAAAAUACUAUUUUCUUAGGUAGCACUCGUAGUCGUUUAGAAGACAAAUAUUCUUCUGUGUUGGACAGAAUCGCGAGCCAGAAAAAGGAGAGGGCUAAGAAAGAAAAAGAAGAUCGCGACAAAACUUUAGAACCCCCAGAGCAUUCUGUGUCGCGAGGAUUAAUGAGAAGUUUAACCACAGCAGUGUUUGGUGAACAUUCAUUCAAAAACAGCCUUUAUACUAGAGAGAAAACCAGAGACAAAACCCCGUUUAGGAAUACUACAGAUCGCAGGCUAUCUAGUCACAAACAUAAAGAUAAGGAUGAAUACAAAAAUGGAUUUUGAAUCUACUCCCAAAGAACGUUUAAACUAUGGCAAAGAUAGGGACAGUGUCUACAGAAGGCAUCAGCGAAGGUCGCUCAGGGCUGAAAGAAGUGAAAACAGUGAUAGUAAAAGUGGAAAAUUAUCUUUACGACCGGUGGAUAUUAACAUUCAACCUGGCGCUCGCGAUCUUAUUUCACCACUGCAAGGCGGUCACGAAACGAACUCGAAA